CGCGUACUACGUAGACCCUUGCAACUUUCCCUAGCCUCCUCAUCCACCACCGAACACUAUUCCCUGCCGCUAAACUUUAAUAUACCUACCAUGAUUCUCCGAAAGAACGACCUAUGCUUCUUCGUUCUCUUACUUUCAAGUUGCAUACCCGCAGUCGUCGGUGACGACCAACAGGGACUCGAUUGCUCAAGUCCUUUGCUGCUCGAUGGCCUCAAAUACGACCUAUCUUCCCUCUCAGACGAGCAUUCGCUAAAACGAGAACGGUCAACACCACCAACCCGGGAGGAGGACCUGGUCCGCCUGUCUCUGUGCCAGGACCUAAAGAAGCUGGAUGGCGUUAACGAGUCUGACCAAUGUCCUUCACCAGGUACUCGUGUUUGUCUGACCAAAGUCAACCACAAGGACGGGAGCGAUAGACGAAUAACUUCAGUUGUCCCCCUGGCACAAACAGCCAAUCUUGCCCCCAAAUAUACCACCCUGAAAUCGCCAAAGGGCGUGUCUAUUUUACUUCACGCAGGCUCUUAUCCACAUCCCAUCAACUCAACAGAAGUGCAACAGAGUACUAUCGUGAAUUUGCUCUGUGCAACGAGUGCAUCAGAGCCUGCAUUCAAGUCAUACGACGGCCAACAGCUAGCAGUAGAGUGGUCUACGCCGGCUGGCUGCGGGUUUGUGGGUGAAGAAAACCCCCCUCCAGGCAGUAAGCCAGACGUGGGUACUACCAAGCCACCCCCAUCCGGCGGUCUCUCUUCGAUGGGCUGGUUCUUGCUCUUGCUCGUCAUAGGCUUUGCGACCUACUUCAUUCUAGGAGCCUAUUACCAAUACACGCAAUACGGUGCUUCCGGGUUGGAUCUGAUCCCUCAUCGAGAUUUCUGGACGGAGGUGCCCUAUAUGCUGCGCGAUGUUGUCCAGCAUUUGUGUCUAAGAAGACGGUCUCCGACCCACCGAGGCGGUUAUGUGGCUGUUUAG